AUGAGGACAACAUUGCUGCUGGCAGCUGCCUACCUGCUGACACUGGAUGACAGGUGUCUGGGGGCCAGGAUCCUGGCAGCUGUGCCGACCCCAUCCAUCAGCCACCAGUUGCCGUUGAGGACUGUACUGCUGGAAUUGGCCAGGCGUGGUCACCAGGUCACCUUCAUCACCACCCACCCCAUACGGGUUCCUACUGCAAACUACUCUGAAAUAGACAUUUCACCAAGCCUUAAAGUAUUCAGAGAUGUGAUAGAUUUCAAUGACUUCCCUGAUGCAUCGUCUCCUGUGGCCUUACUUAAAUUUAUUCUUGAUAUGAGAAUAUAUGGGUGCGAAUUUCAGUUUGGUUUGGAACCGAUGAAAGAGUUCAUGAAAUUGGAGCAGAAGUACGAUGUUUUCAUCAUAGAGAAAUUCGGAUUCACUUGCUAUUAUGGCUUAGCGCACAAAAUGGGGUCUCCACCGUUAAUUGGAUACACUUCUCUUGGAAUUACGUCACUUAAUCGGAAGACUUUCGGCAGUCCAAUUAAUCCUUCCUACAUCCCCGACUAUAAUCUCGGAUACACGGACCACAUGACCUUCUGGCAGAGAAUGUACAACGCUUACAUCUUAAUGCGAUCGCUGGAUGUUGAAGAGAGAGUUCUGUAUGGGAAAGAGGAAGAGGAACUCAAGAAGUAUUCCGGUCCCAACCCACCUACCGUGAAGGAAAUGGAUUACAAUUUCAGCCUCAUGUUGGUCAACAAUCACUUCAGCGUGAGCUACCCUGUGCCGAACACGCCAAAUAUCGUCGAAUUAACUGGAAUCCACAUCCAGAAGGAGAGGAAGCCGCUGCCAAAGGACGUGAGGGACUUCCUGGACGGUGCCAGGGACGGCGUGGUUUACUUCAGCCUGGGCUCCAACGUGCAGAGCAGUGCCAUGCCUCCAGAGACAGUCCGCGCCUUCCUGGACGCGUUCGCUGGAAUCCCGCAGCGUGUGCUCUGGAAAUGGGAAGCAGAUCGAUUGCCCGGUCAGCCCGGCAACGUGAUGACCGCCAAGUGGCUACCGCAGCAGGACGUGCUGGCUCAUCCGAACGUACGUCUCUUCAUCACUCAGGGAGGACUACAGAGUUGGAACGAGGCAGCUUAUUUCUCUGUGCCCGUCAUUGGGAUUCCUUUCCUAGGAGACCAGGUUUACAAUAUUGAAAAGAUGGUCAGUUUAGGCGUUGGACGAAGGCUGGAUUUAAAAGACGUCACCAAGGACAGUGUUCUGGAAGCGGUGCAGACAGUUCUGGAAGACAAGAGCUACCAGGAGAACAUGAAGCGCUUCUCCGCCAUCUACCGGGAGCACCAGAGCACGUCCCUGGAGAGGGCGGUGUGGUGGGUGGAGUAUGUGAUCCGCCACCAGGGGGCGCCUCACCUGCGCAGCGCAGCCCUCGACCUGCACUGGUGGCAGCUGCUGCUGCUCGACGUCAUAGCCUUUGUACUGGCUGUGGCAGCUGUGGCUGCCUUUUUGCUCUACAAGCUGACUCGAUGGCUGUUCACGUGGCUCAGUCGACCCAGUAAACUAAAGAAUCAGUGAGACUAGCGGCGUGGCGUACCUCUGUCUCGACAGUCACCGUUUUCUGUGCGUUUGUUUUGUGCAAACUGGUAUAUUCCACGUAAGGGAGCGACUAUCGAAAUCG